AUGGAACAUAAUACAAGUUUCGAGAGAGCUAUUUAUUGGACUAGAUUGAGUGUGCGCCUCGUAUGCACUUGGCCCCCUCCAAGCGGAGCUACAAAGUGGCAGACGACCAAGGAGAACAUCGCCUGGAGUAUCUCCUUCGUCAGUCUUCUGUGCCUUUUCGUUCCCCUUUUACACUCGAUUUACGAGUAUCGUUCGAAUUUCAUAAUCGUCACUCACUCAACUUCUUUGUGCUUUUCUUGUGCCAUGAGCCUUUCCAAGAGCCUCACUCUGCGACUGCAUCGAAAAAAAAUUCAGAUUUUGAUCGACGAAAUGGAGGAAUUUUUGAAAAAUGCCCAACCCCACGAAAAGCAGAUUUUGCGAAACAACGUCAACAGAUUUUGCAUGUUUCACUGUGCAAUAUCGUUCAUGAAUUAUUUAUCGAGUAUCACGAUAAGUAUGAGUCCGUUCAUUCUGCCCAAUCAGCGAAUGCCAACUUUCGCGACUUAUCCAUUUUCCAUUGAUUCUGGUCUACCGAUGUACCUCAUUUACGUCCAUCAAUCCAUCGUCGGGCUACAAUGUUCUGCCGGUCUGACCGUCGACUGCCAAGUCGCACUGAUGAUGUGGUUCGCUGGCGCGAGGCUCGAAAUCCUCGCUGAGGAAAUAAAAAAAUUUAAAAAUAUCAAAAACUACAGUUCCAUUGUUAAAAAACAUGAAAAACUCUUGUCAUACGUCGUUCGAGUCUCUGGAACAAUGUGCUACGUCGCGUUCACAACCAGCUGCGUUUGUGGCAUCGCCUUAAUCAUGUUCUGCCUCCAGCUCGUCGGUAAUCAACCGUGGAGCGUCAAGCUCCAAUUCGGCCCAGGAAUACUCGUUUGCUUCAUAAAUCUGAUGGUCUGCACUUGGCCAACGGAAAACAUGAUGGGAAUGUGCGAUCGAAUAGGGACGAACGUGUACAGCACUCCGUGGGUUGGAAUGCGACCAGAAUCAUCGAGAGACAUAAUAAUGAUAUUACGAAGAUCUCAACGACCGGUUCAAGUGUCGAUCGGUGGUUUUCUUCCCUCUCUUUCCUUCAGGUUUUAUGCAUCGUUUCUUUCAGCGGUAUUUUCUUACUUCACUACGAUUCGUCUGGUCGUGAUGACGGAAGCUGAUAACUGA